GGCGGGGCUCGGACAGAGGCGGGGACAGCAGGGCUCCGGGCAAGGCGGUCUGGAUGCUGAGGGCGGUCCCUGAGGGGCGGGCGGGGCCCGACCGGCGCUCUGUGUGGCCGAGGCGAUGAAGCCUCAGCCGCCCGGCUAGGCCCCGGGCGGCUCUAGCCCAGGGCGGCCCGCGGGGCGCUGGGCCUGGCUCCCGGCUCCGGUUUCCGGGCCGGCGGGUGGCCGCUCACCAUGCCCGGCAAGCACCAGCAUUUCCAGGAACCCGAGGUCGGCUGCUGCGGGAAAUACUUCCUGUUUGGCUUCAACAUUGUCUUCUGGGUACUGGGAGCCCUGUUCCUGGCUAUCGGCCUCUGGGCCUGGGGUGAGAAGGGUGUUCUCUCCAACAUCUCAGCGCUGACAGAUCUGGGAGGCCUUGACCCCGUGUGGCUGUUUGUGGUAGUUGGCGGCGUCAUGUCGGUGCUGGGCUUUGCUGGGUGCAUCGGGGCCCUCCGGGAGAACACCUUCCUGCUCAAGUUUUUCUCCGUGUUCCUCGGCCUCAUCUUCUUCCUGGAGCUGGCAACAGGGAUCCUGGCCUUUGUCUUCAAGGACUGGAUUCGAGACCAGCUCAACCUCUUCAUCAACAACAACGUCAAGGCCUACCGGGACGACAUUGACCUCCAGAACCUCAUUGACUUUGCUCAGGAAUACUGGUCUUGCUGCGGAGCCCGAGGCCCCAACGACUGGAACCUCAAUAUCUACUUCAACUGCACUGACUUGAACCCCAGCCGGGAGCGCUGCGGGGUGCCCUUCUCCUGCUGCGUCAGGGACCCUGCGGAGGAUGUCCUCAAUACCCAGUGUGGCUAUGACGUCCGGCUCAAACUGGUGAGAGGGGAACUGGAGCAGCAGGGCUUCAUCCACACCAAAGGCUGCGUGGGCCAGUUUGAGAAGUGGCUGCAGGACAACCUGAUUGUGGUGGCGGGAGUCUUCGUGGGCAUCGCCCUCCUCCAGAUCUUUGGCAUCUGCCUGGCCCAGAACCUCGUGAGUGACAUCAAGGCAGUGAAAGCCAACUGGAGCAAAUGGAAUGAUGACUUUGAAAACCACUGGCUUACACCCACCGUUUCCGAGGUCCUGUCCACGGCGGGGCCUCAGCAGAACUCUGUGAUUGGGGCCCCUGGCCUGGCCCCACCCAGCCGACAUGCUUUCUUUGGCCUGGGUGGUUUAUACCCUGAGCCAACCUUUAAAAAUUGGUAGAUUCCACAUAAGCGUCCAGACCCACAGCUUCUCUUGAAGAAUGACCACCUGACUACGCCGGCUCUUCAGUGGCAGCACUACCUGGGACACUGCCUCCCCAGUCACCGAGGGCCCAGCUGGCCCGUGCUACUCACCUAAGUGCCGCCUGACGCUUGUACACUAGGAGCUGGCCUCUCCUGCCGCUGCAGGUUAUUCCCUGCACCUCGAGGCCGCUGCGGGCCAACCUGGAGUGCAGCACAGGGACCUGAAGGGUGGGGAGGCUGGACCCCACUCUGAAGAGGGUGCAGCCUGGGAAGGGCGGCUUUGCUGGGGACUGCGGUGGGAGUAGAGUGUCCAGGAGAGGGUCUGAGGGGUGGGUUGGGGUCAGGACAAUUUUGCAAAAGAAGUAGCUGGAAGCCAUGGGACUGGGGGGAGCCUGUUUGGGGGCUCUGGAUGGUUGAUUCCUAGGAAUCAAGUUCAGCAUCUUCGCCGUGGCUGCAGAGCUGCCUGAUGGGCACUAGAGGGCGCGCCAGCCCCACACUCCCUGGGUCUGGCUUCCUCCUGCAACCUCACUGUGGUAGAGCCUGUGCCUGCCUACUAGCGCCCCGGGCUUCCGAGAGUUUGGGACAAGAGCCAACUGGCUCAGGCUUGGGAAGGCUGACUGCUGCCCUCAGCUCCGCCUCAUCAGCUAUGUGAAUGGGUAUGUGUGGAGUGAUCCUGCCGCCCCCUGCCUGGGCUCAUCCAGAGAUCUCAAAGUCAGACGCCCCUGGGUCCACGUAGGUGGUGUAAACGGAUGAAACAGGCCCUUGAGUUGGGAGCCUGCUUCACUGUGACUUUACGUCUGUUGCUGGAGACAAACACAUCGUGAUGAGAGAAAGUUCUCACAAGCUAGUCGGUAACAGCCACUUACCUUGAGACCGAUAGAGUGUGGUGGGGAUGGGGGCAGAGCACGGGUCCCCAUCUGACAGUGGCCGCUGCCGUAUUCAGAUGCAGCUAAUUGCUCUGGUGUGGGAAUACAGGCCUAAUGCCAGAAAUCUGGAGAAGCCAGAGAUACAGAUUUGUAUGCGAGAUGUCCUGAUUUUUUAAGUUGUUGGCAGAAACGAAUUCAGAAAUCAAAUCUGCAGGCCAAACAAGGUGCAGGGCCCAGUUUUGGCCCCAUGCCCCUGUAGGUCCCUCCGGGACAGUCACCCCUGGGGCCCUGGCUGCUCUGCUAUUCAGGGAUGCUGGGCACUGCUGCUGGGUGGCCAGGGUGUGGGGCAUGUGCCCAGCAAUGUGGCUCCUUGGCCCCACUGGACAGUGUCCUGGGCCCCUGACAGGCGCUGGCUGGGAGUGGUUUAUACAUAUACAAUAAAUGCAGCUCGCAGCAUUGUGCA